CUUUAUGUUAUGAUCUCAAAGAGUUAUAUCGGAAGUAAUAAUGGCCAAGGAAAAAUGAAACUUCAUCAAAGAUACAGGCUAAUACUCAUGAACACGCGUUAGCAUAUUCUGUAGACAAUUUAAACCCUAAACCUCGGCUUGAAAAUCCUGCCAAGAUUUUUUUUAAGCAUGUUCAGGCACACAACGUUUGACUAUUUCAAAACCACUUGAGGACACUUUAUUAUCUAUACUUGUAUGUAAACUAUUUGGAGCACAUCGAUAGGUCAAGUAGCUUAAUUUCAAACGAAACCAUAAGUAAAAUACAAAAGAAAAUGUAGUUAUAACGACAAAAAAUCUGUGUUUCAAGCUGGGUUUCACCGCUUGGCAUUGGGUAUUAGUUCUUAGAUAAAUUCUUACACAACUUUGCAAUGACAAAGGGUUUAGAGUGAACAAAACGUUUUGAUUAUUCUUUGUUAGUGUGUAAGAAACAAAAAUCUUACACAGCGCCGCAUUUGCAAACAGAGCUCUGUCGGUAAUAAUAAAUCAUUACACACAAUCGUGAAGUGAAGGCAGGACUGAAAUUUUCAACGAUGAAGAUUCAAAUAUUACUGUGUUUGGUUCUUAUUUCUUUCACUUUUGGAGAAAGCGAAAAAGAAGCGAAGGUGCAAAAGCUUAUUGUUGAAGAUGAAAAAGAUGAGACAUCUUCUUUGCUUGAAGUCAACAAUGACGGACCACCAAAAGGAUUUUGUCAAUGGGGAGUCGGUGUAACUCAUAAACCUGGGUAUGAGGUCAGAUGCAGCUGUAUGAAAUGCAUAUGCUUGAAUAUUGGAAAAUGGGAUUGUGUUUAUCAUUUCGCAUACUGUCCAUUCUACUAUUGUGGUAACCAGGUUUACGAUCCUCUGAAACAGGUUUGUUGUUGUGGUAAAAGAUACGACAGAAAAGCGCACUACAGUUGCUGUGGUUACCAGUACUACGACACGAAAAUCUCAAAAUGUUGCAACUACUUCUCUGUGAAAGCAAGGAAAGAUAAUUGUCCGCGCGACAAAAUUUAAUCGCAAAUAUCAAAAGAAAU